AUGGUGGUAGGCACACGUAAGUCUACUGAGGCAGAUGAUGUGCUCGAAUUUUUGGAAUCUUUACCGGAGGGUACACCGAAGGGUAAUAAUACUCCCAGCGCAAAUGCUGCCUCUAGUGGAGAGAAGGACGAAGACAUAUUAGAUUUUUUGGAUGAAUUGGAGCAGAGUAAUCUGCCAGUUGAAGGGAAAAGGAAGUCAAAUCCGAGUUCAAAAUCCUCGCAGUCUUCAAAAAAUGCUAGUGAACCAAGGCCAGUUGGCGGAGGUGAGGGUCAGGAUGAGAAUGUGCAGGAUGAGCAGAAAAAAGAAGCACAGCCAUUGAAAGAAAGUGGAACAGAAGAGGAAUCCUUGAAUGAUCCUAUUACGUCAAUUUCGAACUGGUGGUCUUCAAGUGGGCAGGCAACAGUGUCGAACAUUUGGUCCAAGACUACUGAACGUGCCACGCAGUUGAAGGAUCGUAUAACACAAGAACAGCAGGACAUAACCACAAAGCUUAACCAGAACCCUGUUGCAUCCAAAAUAGCCAAUGCCAAUUCCAAUAUGCUUUCGGAAUUGACCAGUCGGUUGACGAAGUUUGUUGUUGGUGAUACUGAAGAAGUUUUACGGAUUCAUGUUGUCCAUGACUUGGUUAAUUUCCAUGAGUUGUCGUACCAGAUUGAGUCGCAAUUUGACAAAGUUUUGAGUUCUCAAGUGCAAGGUGGUGUCAGGAUAUUUGUUGAUCAAUGGGACCGUCCUAACGAGGCAGUGACACCUGCAAAUGACAGAAACGUAUGCCAAUUGAAUUUAUUUCAAGGGAAACCUACUGACGGAGACAAACUGUGUCGUGCCAAUUUGGAAAACGCAAUCAAGCUGUUCCAGAAGGCGAUGGACGAGUCCAGAAAACAACGCAAUAUUCGUAAUACUGAGGCUGGCAACGAAGAAGAAAGCAGAAUAAGUGACGUAUUCAUAGGUAUACUGGUGGUAGGCCAGCAACCCAAACAUGGAUCGGAAAAUGUUGUAGAUUCUACUCACGCUGGCAGUUUCAACUUUACUGUCGCGUUAAGAGAUAUAUCCAAUGAUGUAUCGCUCAUUGUCAGGUCACAGGGCUUCCCAAUUAGGUGGGUAGAUUGGCUAGAAGGUAAUGCUAAGUUGAAUAAAAGUGAUGACCAAGAACAAUUGGAAGGUGUCUUGUAUCCAAGUGAGUGGGUAAAAGAUUGGAUCGACCAAAGGUCUAGACUUAGCUAUCGGUGUGUUGGCCCAGAAUUACGUCAUUGA